AUAUAUAUUAUAACAAAAGUAGAAUGUCGUCAAAGUGCUUUUUAGAAACUUCUAUAAUAAUUUAUGAUUAACCGGUUGUUAUGUUCUAAACAUUUUGUAUUAUAAAAAAAGUAUUUUAAACGUGUUUAAAGAACCAUUAGGUAUUUGUUUAAAACUUGUUAUAAACAUGGACACAGAUGAAGGUGAAUCUUCUAGCAGUGGACCAAUUCAAACCCUGAACAGCUUAUUUUCAUUUACCAGCCCUGCAGUUAAAAAACUUUUGGGGUGGAAACAAGGUGACGAGGAGGAACAGUGGGCUGAAAAAGCAGUGGAUAGUUUAGUGAAAAAGUUAAAAAAACGAAAAGGUGCAAUAGACGAUUUGGAAAGGGCCUUAAGUUGUCCUGGACAACCAAGCAAGUGCGUGACUAUCCCUAGAAGUUUGGAUGGCAGACUACAGGUUUCUCAUAGGAAGGGGUUGCCCCAUGUAAUAUACUGCCGUGUAUGGAGGUGGCCUGAUUUACAGAGCCAUCACGAAUUAAAACCUUUAGAAACAUGCCAAUACCCGUUUUCAUCUAAACAGAAGGAAGUGUGCAUUAAUCCUUAUCAUUAUAAAAGGGUAGAGAGUCCAGUCUUACCACCAGUCUUGGUACCACGUCAUAAUGAUUUUGUACCAGGCCAUUCGUUAUUGCCAUUCCAACAAAUAGUCGAACCAAAUAUGCCUCAUAAUAUGAGAUAUUCUUCAAAUGGUUUUAAUUCGGCCCACAUGAGCCCUAGCUCUCCUAUAUCUAAUGCAUCUAGUCCAGGAAGUGUUAUUUCAAAUCCUCAAUCUCCAUAUGCCAACUUGGCUGAAACACCUCCACCUGCAUAUAGUCCAACAGAUGAAAAUGCGUCAACAACCAAUAACAAUCCCAGCCCAGAACCACCUCUAACACAAGAUGUUCAAGCAGUGCCAUACCAAGAACAACCAUACUGGGCAUCAAUUGCUUACUAUGAGCUCAAUAGUAGAGUGGGUGAAGUUUUCCAUUGUCACUCUACAUCAGUUAUAGUGGAUGGCUUUACCAAUCCAAGUAACAAUAGUGAUCGGUUUUGUUUAGGGCAAUUAAGCAAUGUGAACAGAAACAGUACUAUUGAAAAUACAAGAAGACACAUAGGAAAAGGUGUACAUUUAUAUUAUGUUAAUGGAGAAGUAUAUGCAGAGUGUUUGUCAGAUUCACCAAUAUUUGUACAAUCAAGAAAUUGUAACCAUCACCAUAACUUCCACCCCUCUACAGUGUGUAAAAUUCCAGCGGGGUGUUCCCUGAGGAUCUUCAAUAAUGCAGAAUUUGCUCAGUUGCUGUCCCAAUGUGUAAAUCAUGGUUUUGAAGCAGUAUAUGAGCUCACCAAAAUGUGUACCAUUCGAAUGAGCUUUGUUAAGGGUUGGGGUGCAGAAUAUCAUAGACAGGAUGUUACAAGUACUCCCUGUUGGAUAGAAAUCCAUCUUCACGGUCCGCUCCAAUGGUUAGAUAAAGUCCUCACACAAAUGGGAGCACCUCACAACGCAAUCAGUUCUGUUUCCUAAUAGCGUUAGUGAGUAUAUACAAUUAUUUUAGUUUUAGGGGGCCUUUAAUUAAUGAAAAAGCUUCAAGAAGUACAAAUACCUAAUGUAUAUCUUUCUUAAUUUUAACUGUUUCACUCUUUUAUAUCUCUACAUAAGUUGUUUGGUAUGAAUAAAUGAUUGUAGAAUUAAAAAAAUUGAUUUAAAUUAUAUAGAAAAGAAUAUUUAAUUUCAUGUUUCUUAAUUACAUAAGACAAAAACCAUUCAUUAUUACUAUUUUUGAGCUCAGGAACGAUCUAAAUUUUUUUAAAUUUAAUUCAAUCUCACCUCUUGUGCCAAAAAGUUUCCUACAUGUUUUUUUUUAUUAUUGAGCUAUUGAAAAAAGUACUUAUAUGCUUCAGCAUCUCCAACAAUAGAAAAAUAAAAAUCUCAACAAUGAACAGGUUAUACGUAUAUCAUGCAACAACCUGUUAUGGCAGCUAAUUAAAAUGUUUGUUCCAACCGGACAAGAGAACCGUCCUAGAACGGUAAUUUUGCUAUCAGUGAAUUCAUUUGUUAAUCUUGACAAACGAUCAAACUUCUCAAACAAUAAGUGGGCGACUAGAAAUUACCGUCCCAGGAUCGGUUCUCGGUCCGGUUGGAACAAACCUAAAAAGUCCUCUAUACUUAUAAAACUUUUAAUAACAAAAUAUCAAAGAGAAAAGUUCGGAAUAUAGUUCUACGAGGGCGGUCCGAUAAGUCCUCACCGCCCGAUGACGCCACUAUCGCAAGAGAAAUUUACCAUCGUGUAGUAGACGGCUACUGUCAAAAUUUCAGCCGAAUCAGACUCGUAGUUUUGUUUUGGCCACGUGUGGAAGCGGGCGUGUCCGCCGAUUUUAGAGAAAUGGAGAAAGAACAAUAUCGAUCGGUGAUUCGAUUCUUGUUUCUGGAAGGAAAAUCGCGCAGCGAAAUUAAAGAGCGCUUGGAUGCUGUGUACGGACUCUUCUCCUUCGAUGGCGACUGUCAAAAAUGAGUUUCAACGUGGUCGCACGUCGGUUUUUGAUGAGCCACGCCCAGGUCCCCCGAAAACGGUUACCACGGAGGAUAACAUAACAAAAAUCCAUGAUCUCGUAUUGGCAGGCCGCCGAUUGAAGGUGCGCGAGAUAGUUGAGGCAGUAGGCAUCUCAAAAGACCGCGUGGGUUAUAUCCAUGAGAAAGUUGUCGGCGCGAUGGCUGUUCACUCCGGACAAGCGCAAGCGUGAGACCACUUCAGAGCAUUGUUUGACUCUGUUUAAGCGCAAUCCGAAGGAGUUUUUGCGUCGUUUCGUGACCGUCGACAUAACAUGGUACACAUCACAAUGGUCAUGGUACAAACAAGGUCCACUGGUACACACCCAAGGAUACUAUAGAGAUAAGGAUAGUUCGAUUCCUAUCUUCCUGCACUGUCAGUUUUUUUACGUCAUCUGGGGACCGAGUUGAAGUUGGCGCUAAAGAUUU